GACGAAUAAGAGCGGUCGCGAACGGCCUGUAUCCCAAUCAACUCUCUUCCAUACCUCUGCACGAUGUCCUUUCGUAUAACGUCGAAGGCUUGCCUGAGAACGCAAAGAACCCGACCAAGGGGGAACAUCAGGUUUUCCUCGCUGGAAAAUCGAUACUCAUGCUGAUGCAGGAGAGCGGGAAAGAUUCCCACGACCAAUUCAAACUCUUCGGAAAGGCUAUUUUCCCGAACCCACCUGCGGAUGGUCAGGAGCACCCUUACGACUUCUGGCUAAAAACAGCUCACAGUGGAACAACGCAGCAUGCCGUGGCUGUCAGGGCGGAUCUCGGAUUGAGUGUGGUCGCCGUCGAUUUACCGAAUAGUAUUGGCAACCAGAGGCGUCCAAACACCGGGCGUUCAAAUAGGCGUCCGCCGAUAGAGCUAUACAACAAACCUCCUCCCAACAAGCCUGGCGCCUUCAAGAUCACGUUCGAGGAUGGUUCAAGGAUCCACAGCUUCUGUGCUCUCUCAGUUCAUUGGCAAACCAACGAGAAGGAGGAUACAUGGCAUGAUCUGGAGUUUCAGAUGGUCCUGCUCGCCGUUGAGCAUCUGAGAGUGACCCAAGGUUGCACCACUCUUGUUGGUGGAGAUUUUAACUCGGAUGCUCAAAAUGUCCCGGUACGCAGUGCGCAUCGCACCCCGGCCACGGCCACUUCAACCCUGCACCCCGUUUACCCCCAUGACAUUCCACGCACUCACCCAUCCCUACAUUAAUCUUGCAGAGCAUCGACGCGGACGGCAACGUUGUCCAGGUGGACAAAUUCAGGCAGCGAUUUUUCAAAAAUACUCAGAAGCAGAUUGGCGUAUUCAAUUUCGCAACGCUUCCAGGUAUUGCCAAACCCCCCACUGCC